AUGAAAGCGUUGACUUCACCACUGCCUCACAGGCACAGGAUGAGGAGGGUGUCGAAACCUGUGAUGGAGAAACGCAGACGGGACCGCAUCAACCGCAGUUUGGAGACGUUAAGAGUUUUAAUGCUGGAGAACACACACAAUGAGAAGUUAACAAACCCCAAAGUGGAGAAGGCUGAGAUCCUGGAGAGCGUGGUGCAAUUCUUGAAGUCGGAAAAGGAGGAGAGGGGUCAGCGUGCAAUUACACCCGGCUUGUCGUCCCAGGGGCAGCGACCCAGCGGCCCCCAGCAGCAACACGAUUACCAGGAGGGCAUGAGGUCGUGUCUCCUCAGGAUCAGACGUUUCAUAGCCAGUGAUGAACCAGGGUCCAACCGAGUGUCCGCUUCAGUGAGUCCACCCCCACACGUCCAAUCUGUGUAUCCUGCGCAUCUGAGCCAGCACCAACACCAGCUCCAGGACAGCAGCCCCCAUCCUUAUCCAAGCCAGGGUACCGAGUAUCAGUUCUGUGACACCAGGAAGUUGCUCCCCCCACCCACAACCUGCACCCAGAGUCUAGACCCUGUGUGGAGGCCUUGGCCCCAGUCAUGA